CUAAUCCUGCUCUCCUCUCUCACAAUCAUCAGCGACCAAACUCAUACCUCUCUCUCGCUCUUUCUCGCGCUCUGCUCUGAUCUAUCUGCUCGAAUUUACUUACGAUUUCGUCUCUGCUUUUGUUUGAUUUGCCUUUGUCUGCUCUGAUCUUUUAAUCCGUUUUUCGUACAUCUUCAUUGUUAUUGUGUUUUGCCGUUUGUUUGGAACUAGUUUGUUGUUUCUUUGUGUGUUUUUUUUAUAAUGGAUGCAGGAAUGAACACUUCUUCUCACUUGAAGGCGCAGGCUCGUUGCCCUCUUCAAGAACACUUUCUUCCCAGGAAAAGUUCUAAGGAAAACCUGGACAGGUUCAUACCCAACAGAUCGGCUAUGGAUUUCGACUAUGCUCACUACGCCCUCACCGAAGGGAGAAAAGGUAAGGAUCAAGCAGCAACGGUAAGUUCGCCAUCCAAAGAGGCCUACAGGAAGCAAUUGGCUGAGACCAUGAACCUCAAUCACACCCGCAUCCUCGCCUUCAGAAACAAACCUCAAGCUCCUGUAGAUCUGCUUCACACCAGUCACUCUGCCUCUCUUCACCAGCAGCCUAAAUCAGUCAAGCCUCGCAGAUACAUUCCUCAGUCUUCUGAGAGAACAUUGGAUGCACCUGACAUUGUGGAUGAUUUCUACCUCAACUUGCUUGACUGGGGAAGUGCCAAUGUCUUAGCCAUAGCCUUGGACCACACUGUCUACUUGUGGGAUGCUUCCACUGGUUCUACAUCUGAGCUUGUGACCAUUGAUGAAGAGAAGGGACCUGUCACAAGUAUCAACUGGGCUCCUGAUGGUCGUCAUGUUGCAAUUGGACUCAACAACUCUGAAGUCCAGCUCUGGGAUUCUGCUUCCAACCGUCAACUGAGAACAUUGAAUGGUUGCCACCAAUCAAGAGUAGGAUCAUUGGCAUGGAACAAUCACAUCUUAACAACGGGAGGAAUGGAUGGACAGAUUGUCAACAACGAUGUACGGAUCAGAUCACAUAUUGUGGAAACUUACAGGGGUCACACUCAAGAAGUUUGUGGUCUGAAGUGGUCAGGAUCUGGACAGCAACUAGCUAGUGGUGGCAACGACAAUGUGGUGCACGUAUGGGAUCGUUCUGUCGCCUCCUCAAACUCAACCACGCAAUGGCUGCACAGGCUUGAGGAACAUACAUCUGCUGUGAAAGCUCUCGCUUGGUGCCCUUUCCAAGCAAAUUUGCUUGCAACUGGUGGUGGUGGAGGAGACAGGACGAUCAAGUUCUGGAAUACUCAUACCGGAGCUUGCUUGAAUUCAGUAGACACUGGUUCCCAAGUUUGUUCGUUGUUAUGGAGCAAGAAUGAAAGAGAGUUGCUUAGCUCACAUGGAUUUACACAGAAUCAGCUUACUCUUUGGAAGUACCCAUCCAUGGUGAAAAUGGCUGAGCUGACUGGUCAUACAUCGAGAGUCCUUUAUAUGGCUCAGAGUCCGGAUGGUUGUACCGUGGCUUCAGCAGCAGGAGAUGAGACUCUGAGGUUUUGGAAUGUGUUUGGAGUACCAGAGACCGCCAAAAAGGCAGCUCCAAAAGCUGCUCCGGAGCCAUUUUCUCAUGUGAAUCGUAUUCGUUGAAAUUGUGAAGACAAAACCCAUUGACAGUUGUUAAUACAGUUAUACAGAAGCAAAAAAAAUCAUCUUUUUUUCCGGAUUCAUUCUUCAUGAAUUGUAUUGAGAAGAAAGGAGUUGUACAAUUUUAUACAGUAUUCGUUAAUUAUUGAGUCAAACGUGAUUACUAUGCUGAAUAGAAAAUAUUUUAUUUUA